AUGUCGACCCCCGCUUCUGACACCAUCGUGAUGGGUGGACUGAACCCUGUUGAGGGCAAGGUCGUCUCGAUCCCUUCCCACCAAGCAAUCAAUGAGAAAGACAGCAUCGAUAAAGCAGCUAUCGGCAAAGAGCUCACUUCCGAAAUCCAAGCCGUCCCAGUUUCACCGCCAUCUGAUGGAGACAACCACGAGAAGGACGACAAUAGUGAUGACGCCAUCAUCAUCACCGGCGCGGACGCCUCCCGAUUUUUGCUGCCGCUCCGCGACGAUUUCGAUCCGUCUCUGACUUUCCGGAGCAUGUUCCUGGCGACCUGUCUUUCAGCUUUCCAAGCAGUCAUGAGCCAGAUUUAUACGUUUAAACCAACCAACGUCACUAUCUCCGGGACCUUCAUCGUUCUCAUUGGAUAUUUUGCCGGCAAGGCAUGGUCCAACGUUCUUCCUCGAGGCGACAAACUUGAGGCUAGUUGGAGACAGAAGAACAACCAGGGGGAUCUUCCUGCGUGGAUCAAAUUCUUCAAGUUCAUUAACCCUGGGCCGUGGGGUCUGAAAGAGCAUGCCAUCUGUUCCAUCACCGCCACUUCCGCAUCCAACGCCGCUGCUAGUAUUCAGGUGUUCGCCGCACAGGAUCUCUUCUACGAUUUACCCUUGAGCGCAACAACUGUUGUCUUGACAGUCAUCUCGAUUGGUCUGUUUGGCUACGGCAUCUGCGGAGUGAUGCGCCCCAUCGCUGUUUGGCAUGUCGAUGCAGUGUAUUGGGGCACUCUCCCUACAGUCAAGACUCUCCAGGGGCUUCACUGGCAGGAUUUGAAAAACUCAAAGCCGCUUCGGUGGUUCUGGUACAGUUUCGCUGGCAUGUUCGUGUAUGAGUUCUUUCCUGCGUACAUCUUCCCGUGGCUGAACUCGGUUUCGAUCCCUUGCCUGGCUGCAAUGAAUGCUACAGGUAGCAAGGCUGCAGUCCUCACUAACCUCUUUGGCGGGUCCAUCAACAACGAGGGCUUGGGAUUAUUCACUGUUUCUCUUGAUUGGCAAUACAUCACCUCUUUCACUACCUCUCUUCCUCUUACUCUCCAAGCUCAUUCGGCUGUCGGGUUUUUCAUCUGCUUCCUUGCUAUGCUUGGUAUCUACUACACAAAUGCCUGGGAUGCAAAGUCGCAGCCCUUCAUGUCGACACGGCUUCGAUCCGAGGAUGGUUCAACAUACCCUAUUGCCAAGGUCUUUACUGGGGGCGUUCUCAAUCAAGAAGCCCUUGCAAGAUACGGCAUCCCCAGACUCACAGGAAGUUUCGCGUAUGCCAUGUUCAUGGCUAAUGCUGCUAUUGGUGCUCUGGUUGCUCACUGCUUCUUCUUCUGGGGUGGGGAUGUCAAGCGGGCUUAUCAAAGCGCAAAAAGCGGAAGAUAUGACGAUCGCCAUCAUGAUCACAUGACGAAACACUACAAGGAGACCCCGUGGUGGUGGUAUGUCAUCGUGCUUGUCAUCAGCUUCGUCCUUGGUCUUGUCGUCGUCUGCACCCAGAACGUCACGCUUCCGGCAUGGGCGUACGUUGUCUCACUGCUCCUCGGAAUCUUCAUCGCGCCGUUGAGCACGAUCCUCUACUCUCGUUUCGGCAACGGAAUUGCAACAAACAACCUCUCGAAGAUGCUGGCAGGUCUCAUCCUUCCUGAGCGACCCAUUGGCAAUAUGUAUUUUGCUGCUUGGUCGCACAACGUCAUCUCGAACGCUGUUAAUCUUUCCAACGACUUGAAAAUGGGAGAAUACCUCAAAAUCCCCCCUAGAAUCAUGUUCCUCACCCAGAUCUAUGGCACUAUCCUGGGUGGUUUCAUCAACUACGCCGUUAUGAUCUCGAUUGUCAAUGGCAAUCGCGAGCUUCUUGUCAACAGCGAUGGUAACAGCUCUUGGAGCGGUGCAACUAUGCAGUCGUACAACACCAAUGCCACCUCUUGGGCGCUUGCCAGAUACUUGUACAAGACUGGCGGCCGGUACUCGCUCGUGCCAAUCGGCUUAGGCGUCGGCUUUGGUAUUGUCAUCAUCCACCGUAUCAUUGCAUACUUCGUUCCCAAGAUCCGGGGCUAUUCUUUAUCGGAGAUCAACCUGCCUCAACUUAUCCAAUACGCGGGCUACAUUCCUUACAACGCGUCCCAGACUUGUGUUCUCUUCAGCUCGCUCAUCAGCGGGUUCUUUGUUCAAUUUUACCUCCGCAACUACCGGCCGCGUAUCUUCAAGGACUACUCAUACCUGGUCACAGGUGCAUUUGAUGGCGCAAGUCUGACUGUUCUUUUCAUCCUAUCGUUUGCUGUCUUUGGAGCUGGCGGUCCAUCCAUCCCUUUCCCAACCUGGUGGGGCAACAAUGCUGGUGGUAACUAUGACCAUUGCCCGGCGGCGGAGUAG